AUGAGAGCAGUUUCCUCUACCUUCCUUAGAACUUUCCAAAGAGGGGUUUUCAUCCCUUAUGCUGCCAGAUCGGCACCUGCGUCGGCAACCAUGGUAAUGAGAUCUAACUUAAUCUCUUUACCCACAGGCAGAUUUUAUUCUGACAGCUCUAAACAAGAACCAAAGAUUGAAAAGAAAGAAGAAGAAGUAUCAAACGAGUCGGCAUUGAAAGAAGAGCAACAAAAUUUAAAAGAACUUCAGGCUAAAUUGGAUUCAAAGACAAAGGAAGCUAUUGAAUUGAAGGACAGAUUACUGAGAUCUGUAGCUGAUUUCAGAAAUUUACAAGAAGUUACAAAAAAAGAUGUAGAAAAGGCUAAAAACUUUGCUCUUCAAAAGUUUGCCAAGGAUUUACUGGAAUCCGUCGACAAUUUUGGACAUGCUUUAGGAGCGUUUAAAGAAGAUGAUUUGAAAAAAUCCAAAGAAAUUGCUGAUCUGUAUACUGGGGUUAGAAUGACAAGAGACGUGUUCGAAAGCACGUUAAAGAAACAUGGCAUUCAAAAGGUUGAUCCAUUGGGUGAAGUAUUCGACCCGAAUUUACAUGAAGCGACAUUCCAAGCUCCUCAAAAAGAUAAAGAACCGGGCACCAUCUUCCAUGUUCAGCAGUUAGGUUACACUUUGAAUGAUAGAGUUAUUAGACCGGCAAAAGUUGGCAUCGUCAAAGGCGAAGAUGGUAAUUAG